AUGUCUUUCGCGCUCCCUGCUCGCCAAGUCACCUUCGGCCGCUCGGCUCAUGUCCCACCCCAGCAGCAGCAGUACCAGCCACCGCAGCCACAGCAAACCAACCUUGCUCUUCCGUAUGCGCCUAAUUCCUAUGUUGCGGGACCAUCCAGCCUUGCCUUGCCUGGCCCCCAGGCUGUUGCGCAACCGGUCGUUGCAUAUCAGCCACCACAACAGCAGCAGGCGUCAGUGCAACAGCAGACGCGACACCUGCAGUCGCCGGCGAGCAAUAGCCAGACCAUUGCCAUCGCUGGCCCUUCCACUCCCACUGCGACAGCUGUCCCUGCGACACCAGCUCCUCUGACGCUGGAGCAGCAGCACAUUACCGCCGUCGAGGGCAUUGUCCCGACACUCCAAAAUAUUGUCGCGACGGUCAACCUCGACUGCCGACUCGACCUCAAGACGAUUGCGCUACACGCGAGGAAUGCGGAGUAUAAUCCCAAGCGUUUCGCCGCCGUCAUCAUGCGUAUCCGCGACCCGAAGACCACCGCCCUUAUUUUUGCGUCGGGCAAGAUGGUCGUUACGGGUGCGAAGUCAGAGGAUGACUCGCGGUUGGCGUCGCGCAAGUACGCGCGUAUCGUACAGAAGCUUGGCUUCGACGCCAAGUUCUCUGAAUUCAAGAUCCAGAACAUUGUGGGCAGUUGUGACGUGAAGUUCCCCAUACGGUUGGAAGGACUUGCGUAUAGCCACGGACAAUUCAGCAGCUACGAACCAGAGUUAUUCCCUGGUCUGAUCUACCGCAUGAUCAAGCCCAAAGUCGUACUGUUGAUCUUUGUGUCGGGCAAGAUUGUGCUCACCGGUGCAAAGGUCAGAGAAGAGAUUUACACGGCGUUCAAUACGAUAUACACCGUGUUGUGCGAGUUCCGGAAACCAUAG